CGUCAGUCAGCCAGUCAGUUGAAGAGAAAAGCGAGUUUCGUUCGGUUCGGGUUGUUUCGCGACUCGCUGUUUUUGUAUGUGCUUUCUGGCCCUGCCCAAAGAAAUUUAUUACCCUCCUCGGUCGGUUGGUCGUCUGGUCUGCUGGAAAUCGUUACGGACGUGAGGAAAAUCCGCAAACCAGAGAGUGUCGCGCGAGUGAAGUGAAGGAAAAGAAGUGCCGCACAACAGGGACCCAAGAUCCCGAAGAAUUUCCAUCACCAUCAUCAACAGUUAAAAAGCAACAGCGAUGCAGACGAUAAAGUGCGUCGUAGUGGGCGACGGUGCCGUCGGUAAGACCUGCCUGCUGAUCUCCUACACGACCAACAAAUUCCCCUCGGAGUACGUGCCGACCGUUUUCGACAACUAUGCCGUGACGGUCAUGAUCGGCGGCGAGCCAUACACGCUGGGACUGUUCGAUACCGCCGGUCAGGAGGAUUACGAUCGGUUGAGGCCUCUGUCCUACCCGCAGACGGACGUGUUCCUGGUGUGUUUCUCCGUCGUCAGUCCCAGUUCGUUUGAAAACGUCAAAGAAAAGUGGGUACCGGAGAUAACGCACCACUGUCAGAAGACGCCGUUCCUGCUCGUCGGGACGCAGAUCGAUCUGCGCGACGAGCAGAGCACACUGGAGAAGCUGGCCAAGAACAAGCAGAAACCCAUCACACUGGAGCAGGGCGAGAAGCUGGCCAAGGAACUGAAGGCGGUCAAGUACGUCGAGUGCUCGGCGCUGACGCAGAAAGGGCUCAAGAACGUCUUCGAUGAGGCGAUUCUGGCCGCGCUGGAACCCCCAGAGCCAACCAAAAAGCGAAAGUGCAAGUUUCUGUAAACCAACACCAUCGUCCCUUUCGUACAAUCGUGUAUUUUUGUUUGCCACCACCACCACCAACACAACCACACGUAUAACCUUCCUUUAGACACACACACAUACAUAAACAUAAACACAAACACCCACGCAUGAGUAUUCAUACAUACCUACAAGCUUCCUUGGUUUCUUCGUUUCCGUUUUUUGCCGAUGAAACUUGAGGAAACUGCAUUAUAAUGGCAUACAGAACAGACACACACAAACACAAACGCGUUGGUUGAAACCCCUUAUUAUUACUAGUGGUAAGGAAGGUAAGAAGCAACAAACAACAGAACCGGUUAGACUAGGUGGGAAAACAAUUGUAUUGAAAACAAAAAAAAAACACUAUUUCCUACAUUUGCAUAUAUCUUAUAAAAUAGCAACUAACAAAAGAAGAUAGUUUGUUUGAGAAGAAAAGAAAAACAGAAAAUGGGAAAGCAGACCUUUCUUGACGUAAAGAAGAAUUGAUUAUCCUCAGAAAGACACGGAAAGAUGGAAGAAGGAAGAAAAAAUAAACUGACGGAACGUUAAGAAGAAUGGCAGGAAACGCUAAAAUACUAUUAUACAAAAAAGCAACAAUUAUGAAAAUUAAAAAUUUAUACAGCUUUUUUACAAAAACUACAAACAAGAAUAAUGAACAAAACCAAUAUAUACCCCAUUCACCAAAAGAGAGCAAAAAUAAAAACACACGAUAAAGACAAAAGUUAGAAAACACAAACAAAAUUAACAGCGAACCGUUUUUUUGUUGUUCCACGAAUUUUCCCGCGUGGAGUGUUUUACAUGCAUGCGAUUCAAUCUCGCAACUACUGGCACCAACUUUUAUAGGAAACAUAACCAAACCAUCGUUUUUUCUAGGAUGGAUAAUCAUUUCGCUCACUAGUUCAGCCUGGUUUGUUUCCGUGUACCUCUCGGAUAAACUUUCCGUAUUUCUGGUAGCUCUGCGAGUGUAUCGAGCGAUGACACCAGCGUUGCCAGAAAUUUUAUUUUUUAUAUCCAUGAAGAAAUUAAAUGCUAUUUAAAACAGUUGAAGAAUUGGUCGAUUUUGGCGAAAAAAAAAAGUUCUAAUCAAACAAAAUACAUGAAUUCAGGUGAGAAAGAUCUUCUAUUGAUCUUCAACGGUUUACAGACUUUGAGCAAUGGUAGGUAGAAUGGUUUGUGCCGGUGAGUUUUUAGUAUUCAAAUCUUUAUCCAAGGCAAGCGAGAAAUGCGAUGUUUAAAACAAUCUGUUUUUUUCCUCCACGUUUCUGUUACUUUCGUACUUCAUGUGAUUCUAAAAUGUUUUCAUUUUGUUCAGUUUUGCAUUUUUUUCACACUCUAUCGUUCAUAUGAAGAGUCCCAUUUGCAUUUCCUUAAUUCCGUUCGUUCAUUUACCACUUUGCUUUUUAGUUUUCUAUCAAUUAUACACACACACACGAUUUCAACUGGAAGAAAAAGUUGUCUGCCUCACAAUUAUUAAAGUAUAUAGAGUUACAAUUCCUUUCCAUGGUGGCUUCCUUCGACAGGAGACAGAGGAGGAGUCCGAAGGGCGCUAAGCAUUAAAAUUCUAGUAAGAAAAUGCGGAAGAAGACGAGUUAAUAGGAAGAGAUUUAUAUUUAAUAUUAAAAAAAAAAUAAUGAAAUACAACUAAUGACUUUGAGAAAGAAGACAACAUUUUUUUUCUGUACGAAAGGCUAUAAAAUGUUUCCUUUUUCCCAAUGAGUAUAAAAACGUACGACAACAACAACAGUUAAUCAAAGUGCAUCCUUCUGAUUUAAAGUUUAAUGAUUCCACGGAGUAACAACAACAACUGACACACACAAAACAGUUUAGGUUUUCUUUAGUUCACAUUAAGGAGGUAAUCCCCUCCAAACAACAAAAAAAUCAGCAAAGUCGGUGAAGAAAAAAUAAACAAUAGGGAGAAGAUGAGUUGAAGAAUUAAAAAUAAAAACAGUGACACAGUGUAUUACGGAGUGCGGAGAUUGAUUUUGCGGGAUCGCACGAAGCGGAGCAAGAAGAAGAAGAAAAGUAAUUCUAAUAUAUAUUUCGUAUAUAUUUUAUUUUAAAAAUAAAUAAAAAUCAUUAACUUCAUGCCAAAAAAAAUAU